ACUGACAUUAACUCAACACAAUGCCUGACCCAGCCAAGUCCGCGCCCAAGAAGGGCUCCAAGAAAGCCGUCACCAAGGCUGCCGGAAAAGGCAAAGGGAAGCGCAGGAAGACAAGGAAGGAGAGCUACGCCAUCUACGUGUACAAGGUACUGAAGCAGGUCCACCCCGACACCGGCAUCUCGUCCAAGGCCAUGAGCAUCAUGAACUCCUUCGUCAACGACAUCUUCGAGCGCAUCGCCUCCGAGGCCUCUCGUCUGGCUCUCUACAAUAAGAGACGCACCAUCUCUUCCAGGGAGAUCCAGACCGCCGUCCGCCUCCUGCUGCCGGGUGAGCUGGCCAAGCACGCCGUGUCUGAGGGCACCAAGGCUGUCACCAAGUAUACCAGCUCCAAGUAAAAUGCUCCAGUAGAAAUACUUCAGCUCAACCAAAACGGUUCUUUUAAGAGCCACCCACUCCUUCUCAAGAGCUAAUCCCCUUUUAAAUAUUUCGGUUCUGUACACUUAUUUUGAGGGGAGCCAUUUCUUUUGGAAGCCUU